GCGCGAGCGCAGCUUUGGGAGGCGGAGACCAGCCGCGCAUGGAAUGUAGGACACCCCUUUCCCAGGGAUGCUCACCUCAGAAUCACCUAAGGGUUUUUUAGAAUGCUCAAGUUGCCAGAUCGAAGUUGUUAGGGAUGGACUUGAACAUCUGGCAUACCGUUCUGCAGCUUCACUUCUGCUCCCUGAAGCUAAGCGAUGUGUUGUUUGGGAUCGACUCUGUCACCAACUUGUUAGAUGACUUUGAUUCUGCCCAUACGGUUUUCACAGCCCAUCUGACUUUCCUGGUCCCUUCAUCCCUCAGGUUGAGGCCCCAGGCUUGGCCUCACCACAAUGUGGCACGAGGCUCGGAAGCAUGAGCGGAAACUUCGAGGCAUGAUGGUCGACUACAAGAAGAGGGCGGAGCGGAGACGGGAGUAUUAUGAAAAGAUCAAGAAAGACCCAGCCCAGUUCCUGCAGGUACAUGGCCGAGCUUGCAAGGUGCACCUGGAUUCUGCAGUCGCCCUGGCCGCUGAGAGCCCUGUUAAUAUGAUGCCCUGGCAGGGGGACACCAACAACAUGAUCGACCGAUUCGAUGUCCGUGCCCACCUGGACCACAUCCCCGACUACACCCCCCCACUGCUCACCACCAUCUCCCCAGAACAGGAGUCGGACGAACGGAAGUGUAACUACGAGCGCUACCGAGGCCUGGUGCAGAACGACUUUGCCGGCAUCUCAGAGGAGCAGUGCCUGUACCAGAUCUACAUUGACGAGUUGUACGGAGGCCUCCAGAGACCCAGUGAAGAUGAGAAGAAGAAGCUGGCAGAGAAGAAGGCUUCCAUCGGUUAUACCUACGAGGACAGCACGGUGGCUGAGGUGGAGAAGGCGGCAGAAAAGCCAGAGGAGGAGGAGUCAGCAGCCGAGGAGGAGAGCAACUCGGAUGAAGAUGAGGUCAUCCCCGACAUCGACGUGGAGGUGGACGUGGAUGAACUGAACCAGGAGCAGGUGGCAGAUCUCAACAAACAGGCCACGACUUAUGGCAUGGCCGACGGCGACUUCGUCAGGAUGCUCCGGAAAGAUAAGGAGGAGGCAGAGGCCAUCAAGCACGCCAAGGCCCUUGAGGAGGAGAAGGCCAUGUACUCGGGACGCCGCUCUCGACGCCAGCGGAGAGAGUUUCGGGAGAAGCGGCUGAGGGGUCGCAAGAUCAGCCCACCCAGCUAUGCCCGCCGAGACAGCCCCACCUAUGACCCCUAUAAGCGGUCACCCUCAGAGUCCAGCUCGGAGUCCCGCUCCCGCUCCCGCUCCCCGACCCCGGGCCGCGAGGAGAAGAUCACGUUCAUCACCAGUUUUGGAGGCAGCGAUGAGGAGGCAGCCGCAGCUGCUGCUGCCGCAGCCGCAUCAGGGGUCGCCACAGGGAAGCCCCCCGCACCUCCCCAGCCUGGCGGCCCCGCCCCAGGACGUAAUGCCAGCGCCCGCCGCCGCUCCUCCUCCUCCUCCUCCUCCUCUUCCGCCUCGAGGACCUCCAGCUCCCGCUCCAGCUCUCGCUCCAGCUCCCGCUCACGCCGUGGCGGGGGCUACUACCGUUCCGGCCGCCACGCGCGCUCCCGGUCCCGCUCCUGGUCCCGCUCCCGUUCCCGCUCCCGGCGCUACUCCCGGUCCCGUAGCCGUGGCCGCCGGCACUCAGGUGGGGGCUCCCGAGACGGACACCGCUACUCCCGCUCGCCCGCCCGGCGUGGUGGUUACGGGCCCCGGCGCAGAAGCAGGAGCCGCUCCCACUCAGGGGACCGCUACAGGCGGGGUGGCCGGGGCCUCAGGCACCACAGCAGUAGCCGCAGCCGCAGCAGCUGGUCCCUCAGUCCGUCCCGCAGUCGCAGCCUGACUCACAGCCGCAGCCACAGCCCCAGCCCCAGCCAGAGCCGUAGCCGCAGCCGCAGCCGCAGCCGCAGCCAGAGCCCCUCGCCAUCACCCGCAAGAGAGAAGCUGACCAGGCCGGCCGCGUCCCCUGCUGUGGGCGAGAAGCUGAAAAAGACCGAACCUGCCGCUGGUAAAGAGACAGGAGCUGCCAAAGUCAUCAAGGCGGAUAAGAAGGCGGCACAGGAGAAGAUGAUCCAGCAGGAGCAUGAGCGGCAGGAGCGGGAAGACGAGCUUCGAGCCAUGGCCCGCAAGAUCCGGAUGAAGGAGCGGGAACGCCGAGAGAAGGAGAGAGAAGAGUGGGAACGCCAGUACAGCCGGCAGAGUCGCUCACCCUCCCCCCGAUACAGUCGAGAAUACAGCUCUUCUCGAAGGCGCUCAAGGUCCCGAUCCCGAAGCCCCCAUUACCGACAUUAGGCAGAAGAGGGAGGGGUGGGGAGGACAAGGGGGUGGGGUAAGGGGCUUAAGCUGUGAUGCUGCUGGUUUUAUCUCUAGUAAAAUAAAGUCAAAAGUUAUUUAAUUCCUGUCA